UUCGCCCCAAUCCAAGGGGGGGGACUUUCAAUGUUCACAUUCCCAAAUAUGCUCUCGGUAGCUGAAGCUCUUUCUCAACCAAGCGUCAUGAUGGGAGUUGCCCUGAGCAUGACGCUGUACUUGACUUUCUUCUUUGGAGCUCUCAAGACCAAGUUCGCUACCACUGACAAGCAAAUAUCAUGGUUGUUGACGUUUAUGAGCAGUGGAGGAUUGACGCUUGCCUCCAUCCCGAGAUUCUAUCGCUUCUGGAAGUCAGGAUGGAAUAUUCAGAGCUUUCAAGUCGACCGCACACUGGAUACACUUGUUCUAUGUUACUUUGUUUCAUACCUGAUACUUGACCUAUGCCUUGGAAGCAUCUAUUAUAAGCGUCAGAUCAACAUUCUUACAGGAUGGAUCCAUCACUCUGUAUACACCGUCAUCACUAUCUAUUUCUUGCGCUAUCGUCUUGGCGGAUUCUUCACCACAGCGUCGAUUUUAGAGAUGCCAACCUUGAUCAUGGCUCUCGGCAGUUUACGAUCAUGUUUCAGAAGCGACUACUUGUUUGCCGCCACCUUUUUUGCAUUCCGUCUUGUUUUCCAUGCCUUCAUGAUCAAAACACUCAAACAAAACCAUCACAUUCGUUCUCUCUGGAUCGUCGCUGCAUCCAUCUUCCCUCUCCACUUGUUCUGGUUUCAUGGUUUCAUCAAACAGCAGAUGCGAAAGUAUAGAGCUUAUAUGGAGAAGAGAGCUGCUAGAGAACAAGAACAGCUUAAGGAGCAGAUGGUUGUGUCAGAACCAUCCACUUCGGCUUCUUCAUCAGCAACCUCUGCUGCUGGCCGCAAAGAAAUCAGCCGACUGCGCAAGUUUUUCGCUAAUACUAAACGCCUUUCCUUUGGCUCAUUGACUGGAGCCUUAUAGGUUAAUAACCCCUAUAGAAUCAGACUAGCCUACCUUCUUCGUUAUUAUGCUGCUUUCUGUCAAUGGUCCUUCUUCUUCCUAUUUAUGAC